AUGGCGACUACGACGAUAACUGCCACCGUCCGGAAGAAGGACGCCAAUCUUCCACCCGAGAACGAACGGUUCCUACGAUGCUGCGCCGACAUUGCGAGUGCUCUGAUCGAGGACCACGAAGCUGCCAAAGACCCCAAGAAACCCAGCCGGGAUAUCAAUCUGAACACCCUGCGCUCCAAGCUGUCCAGGAAGCACAAGCUCGCCAACAUCCCGCCGCUUACGGCCAUCAUUGCUGCUGUCCCCGAACAUUACAAGAAAUACAUAAUGCCGAAGCUGGUCGCAAAGCCUAUCCGGACUUCUUCUGGAAUCGCCGUCGUUGCCGUCAUGUGCAAACCCCAUCGAUGCCCUCACAUUGCCUACACCGGCAACAUCUGCGUUUACUGUCCUGGCGGUCCCGAUUCCGACUUUGAAUACAGCACGCAGUCCUACACGGGGUACGAGCCGACAUCCAUGCGCGCCAUUCGUGCCCGAUACGACCCGUUCGAGCAGGCUCGGGGUCGCGUGGACCAGCUGAAGUCUCUUGGUCACUCUGUCGAUAAAGUCGAGUAUAUCAUCAUGGGAGGGACCUUCAUGUCUCUGCCCGUGCCCUAUCGGGAGGAUUUCAUCUCCCAGCUACACAAUGCCUUGAGCGGCUACCAGACCACCAACGUGGACGAGGCCGUCGAAGCCGGGGAAAUGAGCAAUGUCAAGUGCGUGGGCAUCACCAUCGAGACGAGACCCGACUACUGUCUGCAACCGCAUCUCACUGAUAUGCUCCGCUAUGGAUGUACGCGGUUGGAGGUUGGAGUACAGUCUCUGUAUGAAGAUGUCGCCCGGGAUACGAACCGAGGACACACUGUCGCAUCCGUUGCUGAGACAUUCUGCCUCGCCAAGGAUGCUGGAUUCAAGGUCGUGUCCCACAUGAUGCCCGACUUGCCCAACGUGGGAAUGGAGCGAGACCUCGAUCAGUUCAGAGAGUAUUUCGAAAGCCCGGCGUUCCGGACUGACGGACUCAAGAUCUAUCCCACUUUGGUCAUCCGUGGCACCGGCCUCUACGAGUUGUGGCGAACAGGCCGUUAUCAGAACUACACGCCCAAUGCCUUGAUUGACAUUGUUGCCCGGAUACUCGCCCUGGUACCUCCCUGGACCCGAAUUUACCGUGUCCAGAGAGAUAUUCCCAUGCCCCUGGUCACUUCGGGUGUCGAGAAUGGUAACCUCCGGGAGCUGGCUCUUGCGCGCAUGAAGGAUUUUGGCACCAGUUGCCGUGAUGUCAGAACGCGCGAAGUCGGUAUCAACGAGGUCAAGCACAAGAUACGACCAAAUCAAAUAGAGCUAGUCCGUCGUGAUUACACUGCCAACGGCGGUUGGGAGACGUUCCUGGCCUACGAAGAUCCCAAGCAGGACAUUCUGGUCGCCCUUCUCCGGCUGAGAAAGUGUACCGAGAAGUAUACUUAUCGUGAGGAACUUACCGGGCAGCAGACGAGUCUGGUCCGAGAACUCCAUGUGUACGGAACAGCCGUGCCCGUCCACGCGAGAGAUCCCAAGAAAUUCCAGCAUCAAGGUUUCGGGACACUCUUGAUGGAGGAGGCCGAACGUAUUGCUCGAGAGGAGCAUGGAAGCGACAAGAUCAGUGUUAUCAGUGGUGUCGGUGUCAGAAGCUACUACAAGAAGCUCGGCUACUGGUUGGAUGGCCCAUAUAUGAGCAAGUGGCUUGAUGGGCGCAAGCACGAGUCAUGA